AAUCAUCAGAUAGAAAGAAAGAAAGAAGAUGUUGCUUUGCUUUCUUCGCUCAAGUAUUGCAGAAUCAUCAAAGUGAGAGGUGAGAGAAUUCGCAUGGCCAUUUGAUCGAUUGUUUCUGCAUUUCAUAUUAAGGAAGAGGGCCGAGAGAGAUUCAGAGAGAUAUCUUCGAUUUUCACGGAAAUAUAACAACAAAGAAAGGAAAGGAAAGGAAAGGGUUUUAAUUGGGUUUUGAUCGAACCCACCAAAUACCACCCACGAUGACUCAGUAUAAACCGGUACCUUCCCAUCUCGACGUUCCAUCGAUCGCCGGAAAAUUCAAGCCGGAGAAAUCACAGCCUUACAUUCAUCGUCUCCGUUUCCAAGCAUCUCUAAACAGACUCACUAUUUGGUCCCUUUGUUUCCUCACCCUCAUUAUCCUCGUCUUCCUCCUAUCCCCAUCUUCUCUACCCACCUCCUCCGUCGAUUCCACUCGCCACAGCAUCCAGACUACAAAUUGGGGUGGACCCGCCUGGGAGCGCCGCGUUCGCUCAUCUGCUCGCGUACGUUCACGCUCCGGUCUUACUGUGCUCGUCACCGGUGCAGCCGGCUUUGUUGGUAGUCACGUCUCCAUUUCCCUUAAACAGCGCGGCGAUGGCGUCGUGGGACUCGACAAUUUCAAUAGCUACUACGACGUUGGACUGAAGAAGUCUCGUCGGAACCUUCUUAAUCGCUCUGGUGUUUUCAUAGUUGAAGGUGACAUUAACGAUCAUCUCCUUCUGCAGAAGCUAUUCGAUGUUGUCGCAUUUACGCAUGUGAUGCAUCUGGCGGCUCAGGCUGGUGUGAGGUACGCAAUGCAGAACCCAAAUUCGUAUAUUCAUAGUAACGUUGCUGGAUUCGUUACUCUUCUUGAUGUAUGUAAAUCUGCAAAUCCACAACCAGCAAUUGUUUGGGCUUCUUCGAGCUCGGUAUAUGGAUUAAACUCGAAGGUACCCUUUUCGGAGAAGGAUCGAACUGACCACCCAGCCAGCUUAUAUGCUGCGACGAAGAAGGCUGCUGAAGGAAUUGCUCAUUCGUACAAUCAUAUUUAUGGUCUUUCAAUUACUGGUUUGAGGUUCUUCACAGUUUAUGGGCCAUGGGGGAGGCCAGACAUGGCUUACUUCUUCUUCACUAGGGAUAUAUUAAAGGGGAAAGCAAUUACAAUCUUUGAAGGUUCAAAUCAUCAAACAGUUGCAAGAGAUUUUACAUACAUUGAUGAUGUAGUGAAGGGUUGUUUGGCAGCUGUUGACACAUCAAAGAAGAGCACUGGAAGUGGUGGGAAGAAGAAGGGUGCUGCACAAUUGAGAAUCUUCAAUCUGGGUAACACAUCGCCUGUGCCCGUGAGCAAUCUUGUUAGCAUACUGGAGAAGCUUCUGAAAGUGAAGGCUAGAAAGAAGUUCAUGGCUUUGCCAAGGAAUGGGGAUGUACCAUUCACACAUGCAAACAUAAGCUUGGCAGAAAUAGAACUUGGAUAUAAGCCUACUACUGAUUUAGAAGGGGGAUUGAAGAAGUUUGUGAAAUGGUAUCUGAGUUACUACAAGAAAAAAAGUGCCUGGUGAAUUUCUUGUCCUUUUUGUUGUUUUGUUUUUCGAUGUUUCUUCUGCAGAUACAGCAACAUGCAUGAUCUAAUCCAGAUUGUGUUUUUAUUGAACCACUCAGUUUCUUUCUUCUAGUGUUUUUGUAUGGUGGUCAUCAUGCAGGGAGGGAGGGAGGGAGGAAGGAAGUAGUAUGCUAUCACCCAUUUGAUUACUUCUUUUUUUUCUGCAAAUAAUCUUGUUUGUCUUUGACAUAUAGAUGUAGGCGGUCUCUGUUUUAGAGCGCAGUCGUCUUAUUUUCCUAGCUUAUAGACACUAUCUGCAUAUUCCUGCUGGAAUGAUUCUGUCUUGACUGACUGACUUGGAAUUAUAUAGACCAACUUCCUUUCCUUCCUAUUUCCUUUGU